AAUUUUAUUUCAUUGUGAGACCCACCAAUUUUUUAGCUCCCCACUACGUAAAAUACAUUGCUUUGUGAAAAUGUCAAUCCUUAAAGAAGUAUGCGGUGGACCUGAGCCAAAAUGGAAGUCAGAUGAGAGCAUCCACAAGCUACCGGAAGCUAAACUAAUCUCAUCCCUGGAAUGCAUUCAACUGAAGCGUGAGCUGGAAUCCGAGAGUCAGGAUGAGUUCGAGGUUAGUCCCAUGAUCCUGUGCCUUAUGCUGACCUUUUUGCUUUUCCUGAUCGGGUUCUGGAUCUGGUUAAUUUCGAGAAGCUGCCUCUUUUCGCAACCCGAGCAGGUUGAGAAAAACACCAUGGAUAAAGGUCGAAUUUCUGGAGGUUCAACUCCAAGAUACAGAAGCCACAAGAUUCGUUGCUUUGAUGAAGUGGCUGACUGGGAUGGCAAUCCAUUGAACUACAGCGGUUCCAAGCAGGGUAUUUUGAAGGCUAGCUACUGUCAUCUAAUGGAUUUGAACAGAAAAUCGCCUGUUUCCGUUUCUCCGGGUUUGGAAACGGAGUACGAAUCAUCACACAAAGGGACCGAAUCUUUACCAAGAACUGAUGAGAAGGAAACGGAUAUUUCCACCAGUCAGGCUUUGGCCGGAUCACCCCUAUCCUUCUGCAGUCCAAAAAGAAAAUACCGGAUCAAGUGGUCUAAGUUUAUUAGGCGCAAUCGAAAAAAUCAGUCCGAAACUGAAAGCCCGCAAUGA